AUGGUGGAACAACCUCGCAUUCUGCGGCCACGCCCUCGUCGCGCAUUCGAAAUUCCUUCCAAUGACUCCUCUGGCCCCCCGACACCCGCCGAACCCUCCAACCCAGACCUACUGAAUCCCCUCGGUGUCAACCCCAACUUUCAGGAGUCAGCUUCCACAAGCGUGAGUCGCACUGGCUCAAUUCUGAACCUGACAUCCUCGACCCUCUACGGUAUCUAUCAGCCCACCGCAUUCGAUAGCCUGCGUGAUGAGUCCAGCCCCUGGGGCACGGAGGCCAAUUCUCCUGCAGCAGAGUUCCCACCAGAGCCGUCACAGAGUGAAGCUUUGAAAUCUGCCAUUGAGCCUCGCCCGUUUGCUUUGCGGCGCACACGCUCGCGACUCAGUCAUGGAAUGUUUCGGGGUGUCAUCUUGCCGCAGGUGAUGAGCAGUGCCUUGCUGUUCGGAUUCGGCAUUGUCUACGGGGUUAUUACGGUGCAUUUGCAUGACAACCACUGGAUUACACCUGUCAAGCUGGAGAAUGUCCAUUAUUACGAUUCGUGGCAGUACUUGGGCCUUUGGGGAAUGGCGGGUAUUGCGUUGGGCAAUGUGCUCCCCUGGCUGGAUAGCUGGCGGGAUACAGAGUCGGUGCGCGAGGAGCAGUCGAAGCGCGCACGCAGUGUCGAGAGCGAGGAUCGCACUCCUUCGUGGGUGGCUGUUGCUCGCAGUGUUGGUGCAUUUGUUGGAAUUGCUUUUGCCAUGCGGCGCCUCCCCUGGGAAUCUACGACUCAAGCCUCGCUCACCCUCGCCCUCGCAAACCCUGUCUUGUGGUACUUGAUUGAUCGCACCCAGACUGGUUUCUUGCUUGCCACUACUGUCGGCCUCGCUGGCAUGAGCGUUGUCCUGGGCCUGAAGCCCGAACUCAUCCCGGCAUCCACUGGCCCAUCGGUGGGCACUACUUUCCUCAACGGAACUGGAUGGGAGAAUUCAUUGGGAGCAGGCAUUACCCAGGAGAGCAUUGCUGUCCGCACCUGGGUCGCUAGUGUGAUUUUCUGCGCCUGCGUGUGUUUUGGCAACAUUGGUCGCCAGCUCGCGAUCGGAGCCACUGGCAGAGACGUCCUGAAGUCGUGA